AGUUUAAGAAGGUGACGAAGAUUGGGGUUUGGCACUUUGCCAUUUCCCAAAACUCGCAGCAAAACCCUCUCUUUCAUCCUCAAAACUCUUCUCCCAGCCAUGGAAGAAGAUGACGAGUUCGGUGAUUUAUACGCAGACGUCCUUCAACCCUUCAAUGCCGAACCCAUUCACCGCCAACAACCACCCCAUGCCCACAGAGACAUCAAAUUCGACAUCGAGGACGCCGCCCAAGAAGCUUCCAGAACAAUCGGCCAGGGCCAUGAUUGGGACGAUAGCGAUGAAAGCGAGGAUGAUUUGCAGAUUGUGCUGGACGACAACAGCCUCACGCCGCCCGCGCCCGGCCAAGACGGCGCCGUGGAUAUCGCCGCCGACGCCGAGGAGCAGGAUUGGGGCGGGAAUUCGGUGGACGUGGGAGAGUCAGCGAAGGCACUGGCGCCAAAAGUUGGGUACAGCAACCAGGGUUAUCUUCAUCAUCAUCAUCCCUUUCAUUCCCAGUUUAAGUAUGUCAGGCCUGGUGCAGCACCAAUACCUGCGGCAACUAGUUCCACUCCAGGAGGUCCUCCUGGUCAGAUUCGUCCACUAGAUAACAUGAUUUCUGUGGCUGGUCAUGGCAGAGGGGACUGGAGACCAACUGGAAUAAAAGGUGCUGCUUCCAUGCCAAAAGGUUUUCAAGCAGGUCCUGGAUUACCUAUUUGGGGAAACAAUGCAGCAGGGCGAGGUUUUGGUGGUGGAUUGGAAUUCACGCUUCCUUCUCACAAGACUAUAUUUGAUGUUGGUAUUGGUAGUUUUGAGGAGAAACCAUGGAAAUAUCCUGGUGUUGAUGUAUCAGAAUUUUUCAACUUUGGUUUGAAUGAAGACACUUGGAAAGAUUAUUGCAAACAACUGGAACAACUACGCCUGGAGUCUACGUUGCAAAGCAAGAUCCAUGUUUAUGAGAGUGGUCGAACAGAGCAGGACUAUGAUCCAGAUUUGCCCCCUGAAUUAGCUGCAGCUUCUGGUAUACAUGAUGUUCCUGUUGAUAAUGCUAAUUCUGUAAAGUUAGAUGUUGGACAAAAGGAUCUCAUAAAAGGUUCUGGACCUAUGCGAGCACCAGUUCCAACUGGGAGAGCAAUACAGGUGGAAAGUGGUUCUGGUGAUCGUCUUCCUUCUAUUGACACACGACCUCCUCGAAUCCGUGAUUCAGAUGCAAUCAUUGAGAUUGUUUUACAGGAUCCAGUUGAAGAUGAUUCCUGUACAAGAAUUGAUGUUCAAGAUCAACAAGAUGGCAUUGAACACCAGAGUGAGGAUUUUAGUGAAGAUCAUGUAGUUGGACACGAAAUUACAAGGCAAGUGCUAGGAAGAGUAUGUGAUCAGUCUCCUUGUGUUACUUGUAGUCAAGAAAUGACAAUUGUUGACAGUAAAAAAGAAGAUUCAGUUGAAAGCAUGGAAGAUAGACAUUGUGUGCACUUGUCAUCUCCUGCCAUUGAGAAUGUAGAAGAGUCCAGCAUAGGGAACAAGCAGCUUGAGGAAACUGGGACAGCUGAUGGAAGUUCAAAGUCGGAAAAGGAAGACAUUGAUUUAAAUACAGUUGACAACAGAGAUACAGUUAAGGAUGAGAUAGCAGAGAGACAGAAGGUAACAUCUCUACUUGAGCAACACUUGCUUGGCGAUGGCAGUGAUUGGGAGGACUCAAAAGCUGUAAGAAGCAGUGAUAACAGCAAAGCAAAAUCAGAAAGCAGCAGGGAUUAUCAUAAACAAUGGGCUGGUUUAGAAGUAGUUCAGGAUCCACGGUCUGUUCAUCUGGGUAGCAUUAGACCACAACCUGAAGAAAAUGAGCAGGUAUUCCAUAGAAGAGAGCAUGAUGAAAAGCAAAAAGCUGAGAAAAAUGGUAAGGUAAUUAAAAGUAGAGAGGAUCCAUACCCUUACAAGGACCGGCAGCCUAGCUUGGCUCAUCAAUCACACACAAAGAUUGAUGGAUUUGAUUGUCAAAGAGAUAGGGUUGGCUCUGACAUGGAUUGGGCACGUAGAGAUGAUGAUCUCUAUGGCAGAAGGAUUAAAAAUGAUGGGCUAAGAAAGAGAGACAGGGGUAGUGUUAGAGAAAAUGAGAGAAGCGAUAACGAUGAUAGCUUUCAUUCAAGAAAACAGUUGGAUAAUGGUAGCUAUAGGGUUCCAUAUGACAAGGAUGUCAGGUCAAGAGUCCCAAGACACAAGGAAAGAGAUGAUAGCUUGAAAGAUAAGCAUGAAGCUGUAGAGUAUUUCCAUAGCAAGAGGAGGAAGAAUGAGGAAUAUCUGAGGAGGGAGCAUGUAGGCAAAGAAGUUCUGCAUGGCUAUAGAGAAAAUGUCAGUUGGCACAAGCCAGAAAGGGAUUCAGCAUUCGAUCCACGGACGAGAGAUGACCACCAAAGAAGUAGAGAAAACCUUGAUGAUCAAUAUGCUGUCAAACAAAAAAAUGUGGCCCAGCUACUGAGGGAGAGGGGUAAUAGGAAGAGAGAUAGAGAGGAGUGGCGUCGGGUGAAACAGCCUCACAAAGAACAUCCAUCCACGCGUGAAAGAGGGGGACGGAGUUCUGUAAGAAAUGGGCCAGGAGAUGAAGAAAAUACAUUGAUUGGCCAUGUUAGAGCUAAGCAUGAACAUAAAGUUUCUCAGAAAGAAUACCAAUCUAGAGAAGCAACACUACCCAGUGACCAAUUGAAAAGGAAGGGUCGAAAUAAGGGCGAAAGCCCACAUUGUAAGGUACAUGAUGAUGCUUAUGUUCGUGGAAAUCAAUAUAGUAGUGAGGAAAGGCAAUCUAGGAAGGAAAAAUCAGGUCGUCGUGGUGAUCGUGCUACUAAUUCUUUAGAUAGUCAAAGAGUUCAUGAGAGAAAGUGUGAUGAGAGCACAAGGAAAAGCAAAGAACCCAUUGUUGGUAGUCUUGGUAGUUUAGGCACAUCCAACAGAAGUCCAAAAGAUCAAAGUGGUGAGAUCAAUGACAAGGGCAUGAAAGGCUCUGGUGAUGAAGAACAUGUGGAGGAUGAAAUUCCAGGGCAUCGUCUGUCCAGAAAACAUGGGAAAGACAUCUCAGAUGAUGAAUGGCUAGAUUCUCAACAAGUAAGAUCUAAAUGUGAACGCUGGACAAGCCAUAAGGAGAGGGAUUUCAGUAUCAGUAGCAAGUCAUCAUCUUCCUUAAAAUUAGAAGACCUUGAUAAGGUUAAUAAUGAUGGGUCUUCUGAAUCUGGGAAACCUGUUGAUGAAUCUACUAAUUUAGUGGAUACCGAUAACCGGCCACUCUUAUCAGUUGAAGGGACGGAUUUUGUAGAUAUAGAAGCUAACGCCAAAGGAUUCGGGGAUCAGCACCUUGACCCAGUUGAGAAGUUGAAGAAGCCCGGUAAGCGGUUCAAGCUUCCAAUGCCAAGUGAGAAAGAGGCCCUAGUUAUCAAAAAGUUAGAGAGUGAACCACUGCCGUCUACCGAAAAUGAAAAUCCAAGGGAUUCAGGGUUCAAACAAGAGCGACGAAAAGGAGGUGGAUUAGUAACUAGAUGAGAAAUCUAGGGGUUUACUAUUGGGCUACAAUUCUAGUUUAGUUUGACCCUGGGAGAAUUUCUGCUUGACCUAAUUUUGUAAAAUCUAUAAAGCUCACCUUCUAGCCGUAGAAUUUUAUUUUGAAAAUAGCUUCUAUAGUUUCUGAGAUCAUAUGUACUUACUUCUUAAGUAGUUACGCCAUUUUUGUAACCAUGCACCCAAUACCUUAUAAUACACUGUAUAUAAGGGGUAAAAUGUAGAACUUGAACUGAAAAAAGGAGCACGUUUUUUGGGGUGUCCAAAUGUGUGGCCAAUAUCCGGAUUUGAUCUGGGUUAUGCUAUGAGAAUUAUGUGAUUAACACUAUGAUAUGACAUUCAGAAAUCAUUGGCAUGGCUGGUGAGGCAAGAGCCUUAUAUCUGCAGCUACUCUUGAGGACGGGCAGGUCCAAGUGUAAAAAACCAGGGACAUCCUGGUGAAGGAGUCUGAAUAGAUGCUGCUAACUUCCUAACCUCAUAGCUAGUGAUUGGGGUUGAAUUUGAGAUGUCAGCCAUGAUUUUAUUUGUUGUACACUGUAAGCUUGUAUUGAUUACUCUCAUUUUUUUUUUCCAACGGGAGAAUUAUGAAAUUUUAGCGCAGAGCCCUUGUUGUAUCUAGAUAUUAAUGAGAUGUAGGCCAUAAAUUUCAUGAAUAA